CUGAUCUCCAACUAAUACCCAACCCACACCUCAACACCACCAUGUCCCCAAACCCCCAACCUAUAAUCCACAUCAACGGCUACCCCGGCACCGGCAAACUCACAAUCGCCCGCGCCCUAGAACAAAAACUCGCGCCAGGGGCUCGCCUCAUACACAACCACCCUUUAAUCAACCCAGCCGACGCCGUCCUACAUCGUAUCGGGCCAGGCUACCAAGACCUCCGCAAAGCCAUAUGCGGCACCGUCUUCGCCGCCCUGGCAGAGUAUCCGUUGACGCGCGAUUCGGCCUACAUCUUGACCGAGUUCCACUCGAGCGACGCCGUGGGGUCCGCGACGUGUGCCGAGUACCUCGAGGCGGCGGUGCGCGCGUGGUUGUGUGCUUGUUUCGGUUGUGCUGGCGUGUGAUGAGGGUGUCAACUUGGAGAGGUUGGCGAGUGCUGAGAGGAAGGCGCAUUGCAAGAUUGUUGAUGUCGUUUCGGGCGGGGAGUACGAUUCAUCGAUUUGAGGCGGGUGAUUCGAUUGUUGUUUUGGAUGUUGAUGUCUCGAGGAAGACGCCGGAAGAAGCAGCCGAGGAAAUUCUUGAUCAUGUCCUACGUACGCAGAAACAGGCAUCGACACA